CGCCUCUGAUCCCAUGACUAUGCGCCUUCGCUAUCAUAGCGAAAAAGCGGCGGCCAAGGACGCGCUGUCUCGCUGUGUCACCGGUUUCGCUGAAACGACGAGCCGAAAGCCAGCUAACACGCGCGCCCUCACGUGCAUUCUUGGGCAUCCCCAGUGCAACUCCCGACGACAGGCACGGGAGGGCUGGCUCGUCUUAGCGCCAAUUAGCCACCAACGAGAGACGAACAAGGGAAGAACACUAAGGGAAUGCGCGCUGAACAGACACAGGGCUAACGAGUGAUUCCGAAGAAAAGAAUAGCUGCGCGCACGAGCACGGAAGAUUACAUUCAGCGACGGGAGGUCCAUUGGGAAGAACAAAGAUAAGCUGCCCUUCUCAACAGAGAGAAGGGAGGGGAAGGAAAGAAGGGUUCGUGCCGCUCGCUCUGCAGCGGGCGCCCAAUUAAUGGCCCAUCUCCGCUACGGAAAGCACGUCACGAAAAACCAACCAAGCUCGCGAUAAUCGCAUAAUGACAACAAACCACACGGAACCUACCACUUCCACAGCGCGAGGGCUCGUGAGAAAUGAACAGAAAACGAUGCGGAGGAAAGGGCUGAGCAGGGUCGACACAUUGUUGGCGUACGGACGCGCGAUGCGGCCUGGAGAGAAAGCGCUCGGCCGCCGCAGGAGGCGAAUAACGGACACCACGAGCAGCGGAGAAAGCGGAGAGACUCUCCCGCGGGGCGAGGGACGAGGGGUCAAGGAGAGAGCGGCGAGAAGGGAGCAUGGCGGGCGACUCUUCUCCGGGAGCGUCUGCCGAGCCGCAUCGUCGUCAGUCAGUGGUCGCGCAUCCUCCGGACCGGCUCGUCGAAGCGGCCGCCCACCCCGCCAUGAGUGGAGGAGUUCGCCGCGUUCGCGUCGCCGUCGGUGACGCCGCCAGCCACGUGCUCCAGAGACGCCGGAACGACAGGCUCCCGCCCGCCUGAACGACGACGACCGAGAAAGGCGUCCGCGCGCACGUUCCCCCCGAGUGCGUCGCGCCGACCCGCUCGCAAGACGCGCGCCGCUAAUUGCCAGCCUACGGGAGAAGAGCAGCGCUACUCAUCAGGGAUGCGAGACAAGAAGCGGCGGAGAAGCAGUUGCCGCAGCGCACUGCUCUUGUUUCGAGGCGCUACCGCUCGCGUACCGGGCCCCGCAAGUUGACCAGCCCCGUGGUCACACAGUGCGCGAAGAAGGGCUACCCCGGCUACGAGACAGCGCCCCAGGCGUGAAGGACUGCUAACGACAAGCUUCUCAGUGCGUCCAUCUAAAUACUCCGGUCUACUACUGAGGAUAUACACUUGUUCGGGACCGAACGGACGAGGCGACAGGAGGAGGAGCCGCCGCAGGCGCCGGCAGGAGCCAUGCGAACGACGACGACGUCCUUGCGCCCAGCACGGCGACAGGCUCCGCUACUGCCGCUGCUGCUGCUAGGCCUGCUGCUGGUCGUGCCGGCGAGCCGCGCCUCGGAGCCCGUCGACCCCAUGGACGCCUACCUGAGGGCGCAGCCACCGGAGCUGACACGGCCAAAGGCGGCGAAAGGGCGGGGAUUCGCCGCCGCCGAGAGCAUAUCGUCGCCGAGCCACAAGCUGCAGCUGCCGGAGAGCGAGGAGAGGAACACUGACGACCUGCCGUACGGGACGCGUCUCAAGCCACCACGGCCGUACGGCUUCACAGUCGCCGCGCCACCGGCGACCACGACUCAACCACGGCUCGUGGAGGCUACGCGCCCUACCACCACGGUCAGGCCGAGGGCCCUGGCGCGGCCGACAGCAUCAGCACGGACGCCGGCCGUCCGAGGCGGCGGCCCGCAGAGACGACGCCUAGUUCCGGACGACAUCGCCGGCCCCAAGAAGUUCCGCACGACGCAGCAAAGCACGCGGCCGACCGUCCCUCCGCUGUCAGCGCCGCCGCAGACUAAGUUCAGAACACCGACGAAGGUGACGCUGACGACGCCGCGACCAACCGUGCCGCCGUCUUCGAAGGUCAAAGGUGCGCUCAGGUCGCGGAAGCCGUUCGGCGGAGCUAAGAGUCCGCUCAAGACGUCCGUGUCUCCUCCAGCGAGCAGCAAGAACGGAACACGAGCCGCCGUCAACGAAAGCAGCGGCUCUGGCAACGGCACCACGCCCGGACCCAAGGCGCAGGCGUCCUUCUUCUUCACCAAUGUGGGGCCCAACCACUUCGAGUACCGCGGCGUGUUCGAUCAGAAUGCGGUGCCCAUCAGUUUCCACGAGAACCCGGAGACACUGUACCAGCUCAUCCCACAGCUGCCGCGGCUCUUCGAGGACCCGUUCUCGGCACCCAGGGGUCCUGCCGCCCAGCUGCUGCUGCAGCCGCCCCCCAAGUUGACCGAGCCGCCAGCGCCGCCCCCGCCGCCUCCGCUCACACUGCUCCAGCCGGUGGUCAACUUCAUCGAGGACCCGGUUCCGCCACCGACAGCCGUAGUGGAGCACGUGCCACCACCGCCUCCCCCUCCGCCGCCACCCGCACCACGGCCCCAGGCGAGGCUCCGGCCAGGCGGGUUCCCGAAGUACGACUACAUACGCGGCCCGCAGUACCCCAAGAUCUUCAAGUUCAACGACGAGCGCAUCAGCAUCCUCGAGUUCGAGCGCAUAAAGCGCGAAGGCCGCUUUACGAAGCGCCGCGGAGAUGCCCUGGACCCGGACCGCGUGUCACGCAACAAUUUCCUAAUCUUCCACGGCGGCCUCUUCAAGGCGCCCCGUGAACAGGAGUACGGGAACCUGGUGGCUCCGCCGCCACCGCGCAGCGAACCCGUGUUCGCGCCCUACAAGGUGCCCGAACCUCCAUCGGCCGACCCGCCGCCGCCUGCCACGCGCUUCCAUUUACUGCCGCUGAAGCCCACCUUCGCCAAGGGCAAGCCCGGAGGAUUCGUCUAUUUCAUCAGGACCUGACACGCGCCGCACCACAAGCCAUGUGGAGAACUCGCUCAGCGCACGGGUGCCGUGUGUCGCGACCUGCCUUUACCCGCCUCCUAGCGGAACAUUGCGUUCCCUCACCUCGACGGAGUGAGCGCGUGGCUCGGCAUUCUCACGGCAGUGCGUGAAGUGCGCGUUUGUGCGGGGAACCCUCUUAGCAUUGACUUCUAUUGGAAAGCCGCGACGGUGUGCGCGGGCGAUAUGCGUGAAAGUGCGCCGAACGCGUGCCUUUGUCAUUCGGGAGAGGCAACGCUGCAUGAAGUCAGCCAGAGAACCAUCCGAUGACACUACGAACGGGCAAACGCAGAGGACGCUGGAACACAAGCAUCAUAGAGUGAAAGAAAUUCCUGUGUUGGUGAAGCAGGUGGCAACAUUUCUCUUUAUUUUUUUUGAUCGAAGGAUAGAAGAAACGCGCUCAAGAGCUUUGUACCGCCGAUUUUUCAGGAUGGACACGAAAUGAACGUGGUGCGAUGCGAGACGCCGCCUAUAGUGUCAACAAGAGACGCGACCUGAGUGUCACCCCCACGCGGCUACUAGCAACGCUACUAAAAUAACUAAAGGCGAAUGCUUCUUGUUCACUGCAGUUGCAUCAUUCUGGGCACGUACAGUAAGCCGGUUAUCAGUACAACGAACAUUUGCUUAAACGAUUAACCGCGGAAGCUUGGUACUGACCCAUUUGAGCGAGUACAAAAUUACUGCUGUAAGCUGUUUCAGCCAUCGACACCUCACAUUUACUAAAGAGCAAUUACACAAACGAAAAAGCACUGUAAAGGAAGCUGCACAGAAAGAAUAAAUCCGUUUUCUCUCGAA